AAAUUUGCGAGCAUGUGUCAUUCACCAUUUGGCAACACAGCCUACGGUGGCCGUGUGGCUAAAAUGCGUGAAUGAGCUCGACGACGAGAAGGACGAGGUGACGCAAGUACCAACGCGGUUUCUCCUCACUGGCGCAUAAACCAUUGGGGUUUUUUUGUGGGUGUCUUAAUGGGUGGAAAGAAAAAGAAAUCUUCGGCGGGGGUUGCUGCUCCUCCCACGGCCUACGGAGGAGCUGCGGCAGCGGGCCGAGUUGGUGCUGCUCCAGCCGGGAACAGCACGACAGAUGAGGCGAAGAGGCAGGCGACGAACGGCAAGCUGAGCAAAGCAGCCAAAGACACCAAGUCUAAAGCUCCAAAGACAUACAGUCUUGCCAACACAGCCCAGGUGGACACAGGCGGCAUCUCAGAUAAAUCAAUCCUGAAAGUGUCCAUCCAAGCUGACUUGGAGAAGAAGAUCAUCAAGCUGAUCAAUGACUUCCGGCAGGAGAACGGGGACAAAGGGCCUGUCUCAGGCAGACUCACUAACAAGAAGCUUUUGGAUCUGUACUUGGCUCUGCAGAAGUUCAACUUCAAGAGGGAGCACAUAGAGGAGGCCAUGAAGAGCAGCGUGCUCUACGGCGGCGAUCUCCACUCAGCUCUCGAUUGGCUCUGCCUUAACCUUACUGACGAUGAGCUGCCUGAAGGUUUCACCCAGCAGAUGCAAGAGGAGAACCAGAAGAGUCGGCCUAGGUUCCAGCCUGCGCCCCAGCAGCAGACCGCGGCAGCCCCAAUUCAGGCGACCCCCAAAGCGCCGUCCAGGGACACCACCAAGGACGCAGUCCAGGAUGACGAUGCACGCAUGAAGGAUUGGAUCUUAAGGUACGCUGAGCAGAGCAGUGAGGAAGAGGAGGAGGAGGAGGAGGAGGAGAAGGAUGAUGGAGGGAAGAUGUUGCGACACAAUCCCGAACUGGAUGAAAAAUUUGAUCCGAAUGACAGGUAUUUGAUCCUGACAGCUCAAUUGUACGACGCUAAAGAAAUGGCGAUGGCCGCCAAGACCAAAGGAGACAAGACUGGUCAACGGACAGCACAAGAUAGAAUACGCGUCAUACAACAAGAAAUGAAGCAACUAGAAUCGCACCCUGUGUUCAAUCCAGCCAUAAAAGUGGUGGAUGCACCCCAAAAAGAGAAGAAGACGAUUGCUGUCAACACGGACAAAGAAGAACUGGGCUUCGGUUUGUUUGAGAGGCCUGAAAAAGAACCCCCAACAGAAAAGAAAGUCGCCAGGAAGAACGAGCCAAAGGACAUUCGUAAUUUUGACUACACGGCGCGCAGUUGGACCGGCAAGUCCCCCAAACAGUUUCUCAUCGACUGGGUGCGAAAAAACCUCCCCAAAAGCCCCCCGCCGGCUUUCCACAAGGUGGCUGCAGGCAGAUACUGGCGCUGCAAAGUGCGUGUUCAGAGGCUGGAGGAUGUCCUGGAAGUCUGUCCCACCAUCCUGACAGAAGACAGCAUGCAGGCUCAGCAUUUGGGAGCCACGUUGGCGCUCUACACGCUGGUGAAAGGACAGUCAGUGCACCAGCUCCUGCCACCAACCUACCGGGACGUGUGGCUGGAGUGGAGGGACGGCGAGCAGCAGCAACAGGAAGAGAGCCGCACCGCCGCCAACAAGCCCCGGGACCAGUUCAUCGCCCGACUCCUGACCCGCCUCAAGCAGCAGCAGAACUGUGAGCAGAGCUCUAAUGGAUCUGAUGGCCACGUCUUGCUCGCCGGAGGUGGGGAUGAAGAACCCGAGGAGUCCUGGGAGAACCUGGCUGGUCUUGACAUGGCUGAAAAAGGAGGAGGGGGAGAUGUGGAGAGUAGAGGAGUCGGGAAGGAAAACAAAGAAGCACUGCAGACGGCCAGAGAGCUCCUCAUGAAGAUGAGGAAGUCCCCACUGGCACAGAAACUACAGGCAGAUCGAGAGCAGCUACCCGUCUUCCAGCAUCGUCACCGCGUCAUGGAGGCCCUGCGGCGCCACCGUGUGGUGGUGGUGGCCGGUGAGACCGGCAGCGGGAAGAGCACGCAGAUCCCACAGUUUCUCCUGGAAGAGAUGCUGCUCGGAGAGGAGCCCUGCAACAUUGUGGUGACGCAGCCCCGGCGAAUAUCCGCCAUGAGUUUGGCCUGCAGAGUCAGCCAGGAGCUGGGAUGCGAGGACGGACCGGCGUCCAAGUUGUCGCUGUGCGGCUACCAGAUCAGGAUGGAGAACCAGUCGGGGGAAUGGACCCGCUUGUUGUACUGCACCACCGGAGUUCUUUUACGGAAGCUCCAGCACGACAAACACCUCAAUUCCUUGACCCACAUCAUUGUAGAUGAGGUGCAUGAGCGCAGCGUCCAGUCCGACUUCCUGCUGACCAUCCUGAAAGACGUCGUUUUGAGGAGAUCCGACCUGCGGCUUAUCCUGAUGAGCGCCACAGUGGACUGCAACAAGUUCUCCGGCUACUUCAACCGCUGCCCCGUCGUCAGCAUUCCGGGGCGAACCUUCCCAGUGGAGGUGUUCCACUUAGAGGACAUAGUGGAGGAGACGGGAUACGUCCUGGAGAAGGACUCGGAAUACUGCCAGAGAAUCUUGGAAGAGGAAGAGGAAGUAAGCAUCGUCGUCACCCAAAAAGGUGGAAAGACAUCACAGCACCAGGAAGUGAUCAUAAGGGACUCUUCUUCUGGAUGGGACCUGGGUCCUGACCUGGACCACUUCAGCAGCAGGACUCGCCAGGUGCUGCAGUACAUGAACCCUAACAAGAUCAACAUGGACCUGCUGGUGGAGCUCAUCAACUACCUCGAUAAAUCUCCACAAUUUGCACAACUGGAUGGCGCUGUCCUGGUGUUCCUGCCUGGUCUGGCUCACAUCCAGCAGAGCUACGACCUGCUGUCAUCAGACAAGAGGUUCAAGGACAAAAACAGGUACAAAAUAGUCGCUCUCCACUCGACGCUGUCAUCCAAGGAGCAGGCAGCGGCCUUUACGGUGCCCCCAUCUGGCGUCAGGAAGAUCGUGUUGUCGACUAACAUCGCUGAGACGGGCGUGACAAUUCCUGAUGUCGUUUUUGUCAUUGACACAGGAAAAACUAAGGAAAACAAGUACCAUGAAAGCAGCCAGAUGAGCUCCCUGGUGGAAACCUUUGUGUCCAAAGCCAGCGCCCUUCAGAGGCAGGGAAGAGCAGGACGGGUCCGCAACGGCUUCUGCUUCAGACUCUACCCAAAAUACAGGUUUGAUGCAUUCAUGGACUACUCCAUUCCGGAAAUACUACGGGUCCCUCUGGAGGAGCUGUGUCUUCAUAUUAUGAAAUGCGAGUACGGCUCCCCGGAGGACUUCUUGAGUCGUGCACUGGACGCCCCUCAGCCUCAGUCAGUCAGCAACGCCGUCAACCUGCUGAGGAAGAUUGGCGCCUGCCAGCCCACCAGUCACGUCCUCACCCCUCUGGGACAGCAUCUGGCCAACCUGCCCGUCAACGUCAAGAUCGGCAAGAUGCUCAUCUACGGCGCCAUCUUCGGCUGCCUGGAACCGAUCGCGACCAUCGCGGCUGCCAUCGCCGAGAAGUCUCCCUUCUCCACGCCCAUGAACAGGAAGGAGGAAGCCAACUUGGCUAAAGCGGCGCUAGCGUUAGCCAACUCUGAUCAUAUGACCAUGUACAAUGCAUAUUUAGGGUGGAAGAACUCCCAGAAGGAAGGACUUAAAGCAGAAAUGUCCUUCUGCCGAAAACACUUCCUCAAUCGCGCAGCUCUCACUACCAUAGAGGACGUGAAGCACGACCUGAUGAGGAUGAUGGAGCAAGCAGGCUUCUGCUCAUCCCGCGGGCCCGUCUCCUCGCGGGCCGUGCCCCCCGCCGCCUCUAAGCAGAUGCUUUCCGUGUUGGGUUCAGUUCUGACCGCCGGCCUGUACGACAGCGUAGCGCGGAUCCUCUGCACUGCCUCCGUGGACGUUUUGGAGCGGGUGGCUUGCUCGGCGGAGACCCCGCAGGGCAAGGCCCAGGUCCAUCCUUCGUCCGUCAACCGCAACCUGCAGACGCACGGAUGGCUGCUCUACCAGGAAAAGGUGAAGUACACCAAGAUCUACCUACGAGACACCACUUUGAUAUCUCCAUUCCCAAUGCUGCUGUUUGGAGGAGACAUUGACGUUCAGCACCGAGAGCGACUUAUUACGCUGGACGGAUGGAUGCAUUUCCAGGCCCCUGUGCGGAUAGGCGUGAUCUUCAAACACCUGAGGAAGCUGCUAGACUCUUUGCUGGAGAAGAAGCUUGAAAACCCUCGCAUGAGUUUAGAAGGUGAGAGGACCAUCCAACUGAUUUUAAACUUGAUCCAAUCAGAGCAAUCUUGCUAACUCCCAGACCACAUCUGCAGACUAAUGGAGCACAUGAGGAACUGUUGGUAUUAAAAACCUUCAAUCAUGUUGAAUAGGAUUGGUCAGCAUCUCCGGGCCGUCCUGAAGGGAAUGUAGGUCCACUCUUCUUUACAUAUAAUCUCCAAUCCUAGAGCAUUUUGAGGCUGUGGCUUGGCAACUCAACAUUUGAGCGCU